AUGAAGGCAACACUGUCAUUCUGGGGAAGGCCGGAUGACGGUGAAGCUUACCGACUUCAAGUAUACAGCACGACUUCCAUCCAGCCAGAGGAGCUCAACAAGCUGUAUCAAUAUCUUUGCUUUGAAUUCAGCCAGCACCCCUUUCUGGAGAUCUACUCAUGCAACCCCCCGGAUGGUCUCGCCUGCGUGGAGCAUCAGCGUCGUGAGGUUGCCUAUCGCAAGCGCCUCCACGCCAAACAGCAUGAUGGCGAAUAUGACGAGUCUCUUCCCCCUUUGAUUCCAACGAUGCGAACAGGCUUUAACGAUCAGUUCAUGUCGGGAUUCUGUUUCCUUCUCACCUCGAAGAGCUACCUCCAAGGUUCAUUCAGAGACAAUGACCACGGCACGGGUCCCUGGUGGAUUAGCUUCGAUCGGAGUCUUCCAUCCGCGGUAAAACAGCUGGACAUGAUAAAACGUCUCGAUAGUCCAGCAACUGACCUUCGAACCUUUUCAGAGUGGGGCAUUUUAGUCAACCCCGAAAUUCGCGAUAUCAAUGUAAAUAUUACGACAAAUGAAAGCGAAAUGGACUCCAACCUGAAAGAGCUUAUGAGAGGGAUAUAUUCGACAUAUGUCAAUGGACAAAUUGAUUAUGGACUCCAUGAGCCGCCCCCGCCCGUGUCGUCCGAUACUCUCACAUUGCAACACAUGCAGGACAUUUUGGAGCAGCAAAGGCAAAUGGUAGAAAACCAAUCCGUGGACUCGAAUGUACUUCAUCUUAGCUGGGGGGCUGAAAACGAAACAGUCGCGGUUACAAACAACUCUUCGGAUGGCGAAUCUGACCUUCAAUACGUCAUCUAUGUCCAGUUCCUCGCAGAUAUAGUGCAGGAAAAGACCACCCUGCUGGAGACCGCUGCGCGUACAUUCACAGCCGGCAUCAUCUCCCAUCUCCCUACCACCAAAAUGAUAUACUUCGAGUUCCGAAUUCCUAGCUCUUCCUCCUUGUCUUCCCUGCUAUCUGCUCCACCCAACGGAUUCGAUGUCGGUGCCUCCCAUGAGUUUGAGGCGGGUACAAUCAUGCGGGCACUGCCUCAGAUUAACCGUGACUGUUCUAUCACCCCGCUGCCCCAUCACUUCUUCACAGUGGUUCUUGAUAAGCCUUCCUUCAUCCAGGAGCCCGGUGUGCUAUUCUACACUCUCUGGACCGACCCUUGGCAAUACAUUGAGCCGCAGACUACCGAUACCGUCAUUGAAACUCGGCGGAGCGCUGGUAUUCGAGAGGCUGCAAGACGGCUUGCAAUGCUGGCCGUAGAGGAGAACGUCCAAGAUAGUGCAAGGAAGCUCACGCGAGAGGAGCAUAUUAAAUUGUUGUCUUUGUCGCCGGAGGAGUAUGACCAGAAAAUGAACUUCUAGCGCUGUGUGACUAAGUAAAGUCGCGGGGAUUAUCUGUUAACGGUGGUCAAUAUUGAUCGAAGGACGCCCAUGUGGGGACUUAGUAGUUAGAACUACAAACCCCAGGCUGGAUGGCCGUUGCGAAGAAUCAAC